GGCGUGGCCGUGGGCGUGUCCAUCCCCCGAGGGGGCGUGUUCAUGGCCCGCCUGGGUCGGAUCGGGCCGCUCUUCGCCUUUUGUUCCGUGGGAGGCGAGCGAGUGAGGCGCGGCGCCCGAGGCGGGGAGGCCAGGCCAGCGGGGGCCAUGGCCUACAUCCCCGGUCAGCCGGUCACGGCCGUGGUGCAAAGGGUCGAAAUCCACAAGCUCCGCCAGGGCGAAAACCUAAUCCUGGGCUUCAGCAUUGGAGGCGGCAUAGACCAGGACCCCACGCAGAAUCCCUUCUCGGAGGACAAGACUGACAAGGGCAUUUAUGUGACCAGAGUGACGGAAGGUGGCCCUGCCGAAGUGGCUGGCCUCCAGGUCGGAGACAAGAUCAUGCAGGUGAACGGCUGGGAUAUGACAAUGGUGACCCACGACCAAGCCCGGAAGAGGCUGACCAAGAGGAACGAGGAAGUGGUCCGCCUCCUGGUGACCAGGCACUCCCUACAGAAAGCUGUGCGGGAGUCCAUGAUGUCCUAACCGUGCCAUUGAGUUGGUGGGGGGGGGAUGGAUAAUUUCAAACAGGGUGGGCAGGAUGCUGAUCACGGACCACAGCCAGCUGGGCUUGGAAGACUGCUGCACCCCCCCCCCCAGUGCAGAAAAUCCCUUCCACAAAGGAGGUGCCAUCUUUGUUGAGAGACUUGCCCCCCUCUUGGUUGUACUAAAAAUGGCACCAGUACAGUAGCAGUUUGACCUGGCAGAUCAGCAGCUAUGGAUGGGCGUGGGGAUCCUGUAUUCCCUGCCUCUCCAGAUGUUGUUGGAGUGAUCCUUCAGCUGAGGCUGCUGGGAGCUGGAGUCUAGCAACAUUUGGAGGGCCCCUGGUUCCCCACUUCAAUCCAGCAGGGGUCAAAGCGAGGUGCUCCCUUGGGUGGUGACACUGAUACCAGCUGUGCAGGGAAAUGUUUUGGCUUAAGGACCGACCCUUGUAUGUAACCUGCCCUGACCUUCUCUUGCACAAAUGGACGGCAUCCAGCUUCUCCUGGUGAAUUUCUCUUCCUAAUGCUGGCUGAGUUCCAAGCCUAGAGAGCCUUCAUCAUACAACCAGGGGGAAGGAGUGGGGUGGGAUAUGGGGGUUGGGGGGACAGGGGACAGUUUUACAAGCUCCAGUACCUUAGCUCCUUUAGAGUGUCCUCUAACAUAAAAUGCGUCCCAGGAAACUCUUUGUGGCUUAAACACCAAAGGCUCUUAAGACUUGUCAUUUUGCAGAAAGCCCACAUUUCAGUUUUUAUAGCAAAGGCAUUCUUGUAAAUAACCUCGUUCCCUCUCUGUGUGUGUGUCCUCAUUCUAGUUCUAAAGCUUAGGUAUAAGAUAGCAAAUACAGCCCACAGGAGAGAGAGUCCAAACCUACUCUUGACACUUGGAAUGCACAGAUUAAGCUGAAACCUUUGGUUGUGCCAAAGCGCCGUGUGCGAGUCCCCUUUCAACCUGUACGUGGCAGAUUAGUGGCACCCUGGACUGGGAGUGCUGAACUGUAAAAUGAUGAUAAAUAACAAUAUAGACCUUUUACGCUAGAGUUAUUUUAAUCAGGGGUGGCUCACCUGUGGCCCCCUGGAUUUCACUGGACUCCAGCUCCCAUCAUCCCUGACUUGGCUAUGCUGGCUGAAGGCAGCUGGGAGUUCAACCCCUCUGGGUGCCCGUGGGGGGGGCACCUGUCUUGUAACUGGAAACCUCGCUGAUAUUCUUCCAUGUUUAUCUCCGUUGAGAUCAGGGAGCCUGUUGCAUUCCAACGCCCAUCAGCCCUGCUCCAAGGGACUGGGGUCAUAAGAGCUGGGGGUCCCCCAAAAGGCCUGGAAGGUCACAGGUCCCCCAUGGUCACACUAGGUCUUUUUCUGGGGCAGAAGCCUUAAAUCAUGCUUUGGGAGGGCUAUCGCUCCCCCAGAAUUGUCUUCCCAUACCUGCUUGAGGGAAUAGCUGCAUUUGUGAAGUUUGUCCAAAGGGCAAGCGGUCUGGAUCUUUUAGAGGGCUGAAGGCAUCUCCCUGCCACACUCUUCCAGCGGUUUAUCCUAGUACACCCAUUUUGAUGGAUCUUGUAUACGGCCUUUCUGGAAUUUGCUUCCAAUCACAGUUUUUGUAUUAAAUGUAACGGUCCACGUUCCUUUUUUUUUU